CAGGAAGUCAUUCAAAGGACUGCGCCGUGGUCUAUGUGAUUAAGUCAUUUAUAACCCUGUUGCUCACUGUUAUAUCGGAAAUGAAACUCUUGUGUAUCAUUUUUAAACUGCUUGAACUUGCACUUCCAAUUGUAGGUGCUGCCCAACUGACAGGUUCUGCCCAACUGACCGGUAUCAGGACGAAGAUGGCACAAGGAAUAUGUACAUCGAUUCUACCUAACUUAGAGCCGGACCUUACGUACGCUGUCAGCCGAUCAUGUUUACCCGAGUCUUCCUUAUCUUGCAAUGCAGUUUGCAGUAAAAUAGGGAAAAGUUGCUUCAAUGCCAUACAUAUAUACAGUUCCGGAAUACUGAAUAGGACGUAUGAGGAAGGAGCCAAAACUACUGAAGCAUAUAGAUAUGAAACGUGUACUAAGGCAGGCUGUGGGCCUAACUUUUGUUGCUGUGCCGACGAAAAACAUACAUUACCAGUAAGCUAUAAAGAUGUAGUAGCACAGGCUGCGUGUCAUGCUUUGCUGCCAAAGUCACCUGAUAACGUGUAUGCCGUGAGACGCCACUGUUUUCCCGAGUCAAAGGUUGAUUGUAGUGCUGUUUGCGACAAACUGAAGAAGAAAUGCUUCGAAUCCAUACAUGUGUAUGACAGUAAAAAUCUUGAGAGAGAAGAGACGGGUAAAGUAGGGUUACGCACGUACAGAUACAACACGUGCAAAAGAGCUUCCUGUGGUCCUAACUUUUGCUGCUGCGUUGGAUGGGAAAGAGAAGUGUGAACAGAAUGGACAUUGCAUGUGAUUUAACAUUUAAUAGUAAUAAAAUGAUGCAAAACAAAACCAAUCUUAUACUUGAAAUUGUUUAAUCAUUGAGACUGGAUUGCAAAAAAAAAACUACUAAGAAGAAUAAACUACUUUUAGGAUACUUCAUAUUUCUAUAAUGACCAUU